UUUACAAAGACAGUCAAUGUGAAUGACACAGGAGUGGUGAUCUCAAUGACUAAUCGUGACCAACCUGAUGAUAAUGGCAAUUUGAUUACAUGGAAGAAAGAUGGUGGUGAUGUUCUCACACAAUUUGAGGGACAGACACAGAUCAGCUUCCCAAACCCGAUCCAGAAAUCAGACCAAGGGAUUUAUGAGAUCUACUAUGAUGGCGAAAGAAGUCAGAACAGAGGAGGAAUCCACAGACUUAUUGUCAGAGAAUGUCCUGCCGGUAAGUGGGGUCCACCUGAAUGCUAUGGUACCUGUGAUAAUUGUUACAAUGGUGGAGUCUGUGAUGACAAGUCAGGUCUUUGCAUCUGUCCUAACAACUUCAUGGGAGAUAAUUGUUUGAGUAUUUGCAGGAACACAUUUGGGAAUAGAUUUGGAUUAGAAUGUGAGUAUAGAUGCUCCUAUAGAGAUGACAAUACACAUUAUUGUCGAGGGAACCUGUUUUGCCUACCUAAUCCGUACGGAUGUUCAUGCGAUGUUGGUUCUCGAGGUCUAGCAUGUGACAGCGAUUGUGAUGCUGACACAUAUGGUCCAGGGUGCUCACAAACAUGUCACUGCGCUGAUGUAUCAUCAUGUGACCCUUUUAGUGGAAUAUGUACUACAGGUGGAUGUCAGUCUGGCUGGUCAGGGAACAAUUGUCAAAUUCCUGAUAUAUGUGAGGCUGGUUACUAUGGAUCUCAAUGUACUGAUAAAUGUCAUUGCAUGGAUGAUGUAUCAUGUGAUAAAACAACAGGAGCAUGUCCUCAGAAGUGUGCCUUAGGAUACAGCGUACGCGAUGGUCAGGAAAAUUGUCAAGAGUGUGAAGGAGGAACCUUUGGUCUGAAUUGUCUUCAGCAAUGCCACUGUACUCAAGAAGCCUGUGAGAUACAGAGAGGACUGUGCAAUGGACAGUGUCUUGAUGGCUGGAUAGAACCAUACUGUCAAAGAAUAUCACGCUAUGACGUAGUAAGAGUAAAUCCAUACCAACCAUCAAUCAUCACAUGUUAUGCUGAGGGGAUCCCACUUCCUGAUGCCUCAUCAGUUGAUCUUCGUCGGCGUACUGAUACCAACACUUAUAAUACCACAGGAAUCACCAAGCGAUCAAGCUCAGUAUUAGGGUCGGAACGGGCUGUUCUCUUUGAUAUUGAAAAUGUUUAUCCACCGGAAGAUGGAUACUAUGUUUGUGGUCUCAUUGUCGAAAACCAGUUCCACUCAACAACCAUCACUAAAGCAACUUAUGUUCUUCCUGUCAUAAGUACGGCACCAUCCAUUGUCAACACCACUUCAACUACAGUAACUCUACAAUGGAAUGCCUGGUCUGCAGGAGAAGACAUAGGAGAUCCUCCCCUUGUAGGAUAUGAUGUAUUUGUAAGGAAAGGUGGCAACUGGGAAUUAGAUCAGAGAGUAGAUGAACAUCUCACUUCGGCUACUGUUAGUGACCUGACUCCUGACACAGACUACAGGUUCCGUGUUGCAGCCGUGAGGGAAGGAGAAGGUGGAACAGGACCUUGGUCUCCAAAGAUUGAUGCAAACACUCUUUGUCUAGAACCAAGGUCUCCCCCAACUAGAAUACAGGUGACAUCCAACAAUCCUAAAGAACUAGAAGUGACAUGGGAGUUCCUCUCAUUGGAAUCAGCAAACUGCAGGAGUGGUGUGACUCGUUACAAGAUCUACUAUGCUCUCUCUGGUUCAUCGUCCACAAACUCUAGCAGAGUUUCUAAUGAUACCAACUCCUAUACGAUAACAGGGUUAGAGACCUAUCUGGACUACACAAUUCAAAUAAGUGCUUCAAAUAAAGAUGAGGAAAGUGACAAGAGCAGUGAGAUAAUCGGCAGGACACUUGAAGAAGUUGCACCAGCUCCUAUCAACGUGGCCAUACCAAGAAGUACUGAAAGUUCUUUCACCGUGUCGUGGUCCACUCCUCUCCCAGCGAACGUAAAUGGUCGUAUUCAGAUGUACACCAUUCGCUUCAAGCGAAGCGAUGAAGGAGAUGAUGGCGAUUAUAUUAUGGAAAAUGCGUUGACAGAUGCAUUUGAAGCAGAACAUACUGUGACGAAUCUUCUAUAUGGUGUUAACUAUACAGUUCAGGUCCAAACUGUCAAUGGAGCUGGUUCUAGUAAGUGGUCGUACCCAGUCAGAGCUAAGACCAUCCUUACUGGUCAUCACUGUAACGGGGCGCAAGUAGGCACUAUAAUUGCAGGUGUUUCAGUACCUCUUAUCAUCAUCAUCAUCUUCCUCAUAAUUCUCAAUGUUGUUACCUAUAGGAGACUAAGACAUCCAGUCACCGCAUCGUCAAAAAACACUGCACGUGAGCCAUCCCCAAGGUAUGAGAACCCUGCAUUUGAUGUGUAG